AUGCUCCCGGAAAGCAGCCACGUGAGAUCCGUCUAUCUUGACCCAGACAGCGGUAUUGCCAGCACCCUGGGUCCAGACAGUGCCAAAAUACUCAUCGACUGCUCAACCAUCGAUACCGCAACCUCUUUGCAUGUGAAGUCUGAAGUUUCCAAGAUCGCACCCCGCAGUUUCUUCUACGACUGCCCGGUAUCUGUGCUCGCAAGGAAGUUCUCACGCGUACAGCAAAUAGGGGCAGUCAAAGGCACAAUAGCCUUCUUCAUGGGCUGUUCGCCUGCAGACACCAACCUAUCUUGUCUCAAGGACCUGCUACUGAAAAUGGGCAGCCAAGCCAUACCAUGUGGUGGUCCAUCUCUGGGGCUAGCCGCAAAGCUGUCCAACAACUACCUCUCUGGCAUCAUCACCAUCGCCACUUCAGAAGCCAUGGACAUGGGCAUGCGAGCCGGUAUCGACCGCACGAUACUUGCGUCUGUGUUCGCGUCUGGGACGGCACAGAACCGGCAAUGUGAUGUGUUUAACCCUGUUCCGAAUGUCUGUCCACAGGCACCCUCGUCCAAUGGCUACCGUGGCGGAUUCAGGGUGGAGCUGAUGAAGAAAGACAUGGGACUGGCAAUCGCCAUGGCGCGGCAGGUGGGUGCCAAGAAUGUCCUCGGUGUGUCUGGUUUGGGUGUCUAUACAGCUGCCAGCGCGGCCGAGGACUGCAUGGGCUUGGACUCCAGAGUGGUGUACAGGUAUCUAGGAGGGAAAGAAAGCUCUUGA